AGGCGUGGGAAUUCCACCUUUCUCAAAUCAAAUCUGACCUUUUCGUGGGAGCUAAUUAAGCCUGUUUUUUUUAUACCAAAUUAAAAAUCCUUCUUCUUCAUUCCAAUAGCCUAAUGCUAUUGUCUCUUCCUAGCUAGGUAGCAGCUCAAAUAAAUAAACCCAUCAUUUCUUAAGUAGUUUUAGAAUGGAAAGUGAGGGAUGUCAAUGCCUCUACAUCCUCCUACUUGUUCUCGGAUCAAUCACUCACAUCAAUGCUGUAACACCUCUUAACCUCAUCGCUUCCCUUAAUCGCACUAGUUUUCCUGACGGCUUUAUUUUCGGAACUGCAUCCUCAGCUUACCAGUACGAAGGAGCAGCAAGUGAAGGAGGUAGAGGACCCAGUAUAUGGGACACUUAUACUCACAAAUAUCCAGAUAAAAUAGCUGAUGGAAGAAAUGGAGAUGUAGCAGUUGAUUCCUAUAACCGUUACAAGGAAGAUGUUGGGAUUAUGAAAGAAAUGGGCUUAGAUGCGUACAGAUUCUCGAUCUCAUGGUCCAGAAUUUUGCCAAAUGGAAAGCUGAGUGGGGGAGUCAACUUGGAAGGAAUUAGAUACUACAACAAUCUCAUAGAUGAGCUCUUAGCAAAUGGACUACAGCCUUAUGUGACUCUUUUCCACUGGGAUCUUCCCCAAGCCUUGGAAGAUGAAUAUGGUGGUUUCUUGAGUUCCCACAUCGUGGACCAUUUUCGAGAUUAUGUAGAGGUUUGCUUUGACGAAUUUGGUGACAGAGUGAAAAAUUGGAUUACAUUGAAUGAGCCUUGGAGCUAUAGCAAUUGGGGCUAUGCAGUCGGUUCGCUUGCACCAGGUCGUUGUUCUGAUUGGCAACAACUCAAUUGCACGGGCGGAGACUCGGGGAUUGAACCAUACCUCGUGUCACACCACCAACUUCUUGCUCAUGCAACUGCUGUAAAAUUGUACAGGCAGAAAUAUCAGGCAACUCAAAAGGGUGUCAUAGGAAUCACACUAAUAGCUCACUGGUUUGUACCAUUCUCUAAAGAGAGGAACGACAAAGAUGCAGCCCAACGAGCACUUGAUUUUAUGUUUGGAUGGUUCAUGGAUCCAAUAACUAGCGGGGAGUAUCCAAAAAGCAUGCAAUCCCUUGUUGGAGAUCGGUUACCCCGAUUCUCAAAAGAAGAAUCAAAGAUGCUUAAAGGGUCAUUUGAUUUUCUUGGAUUGAACUAUUACACUGCCAAUUAUGCAGCUGAUGCACCUAAGCAUGGUCCUGGAAAGCCAAGCUACUUGACUGAUGCUUCUGCUAAACUUUCAACUGAGCGCGACGGAGUCCCAAUUGGUCCAACAACUGCUUCGGAUUGGCUAUAUGUAUAUCCAAAAGGAUUUUAUGAGCUUUUACUCUACACAAAGAGCAAGUACAAUAAUCCAAUCAUUUAUAUCACUGAGAAUGGGGUGGAUGAGGCCAGUAAUGCCACAUUGUCACUAGAGGAAGCCCUCGUCGACAAUAUGAGAAUAGAGUACUAUGAUCAACAUCUUUCUUUCCUCCGAAAUGCCAUUGGGGAUGGUGUGGAUGUCAAAGGAUAUUUUGCAUGGUCGUUGUUGGACAACUUUGAAUGGGCUAAUGGUUACACUGUGCGCUUUGGGAUUAACUAUGUUGAUUAUGAGCAUGGCUUGAAAAGAUAUCCUAAACUCUCAGCCCGUUGGUUCAAGAAUUUUCUAAAGACCACAACCACACACAAUGCGGUUUGAAUUCGUUGAGCCGGCUGGGCUGGAUAAUAGAUUGUUCUCUACUAUUAUUUUUUAUACUUUUGAAUUUAUUUAUAAUUAUUUUUAAUAUAUAAAUAAAUAAAAUAAUUUUAA